AUGAUUCGUGACGCGCAUGUUCCGACCUCGUGCCUGUCUGACUGUGACUGGGAGUCACUCUGUGGGAGUCACUCUGUGGGAGUCACUCUGUGGGAGUCACUCUGUGGGAGUCACUCUGUGGGAGUCACUCUGUGGGAGUCACUCUGUGGGAGUCACUUUGUGGGAGUCACUCUGUGCAGCAGUGAGAUCCCUGGAGACUCCUCUGAGAACAAGGAACAACUUUUGGCCAAACUUAAGGUGGUGAAAAGGAUCAUCAUAGUUUGUUUUGUGCUGACUGCCAUAUCACAUCUUCCUGCUGCACCAAUUCUUUCCAUAGAUUUUGGAGCAUGUGUACAUUCAGCCAGUCUAAUGGCCAAUAUGAGGCUGGUUAUGAGCUCCACUAUGUACAAACCAUAG